UUUUUUCUUGAGAUUUGGAGAAACUUUUUAUUCCGCGGAAUCUGAAAUUAAAAGAAAAAAACCUUAAUCAACCUGCCCAUGAAAUAAUAUUAACAAGAUGAAACAAUUAUAAUAACAUAUAUAAGAGUUUAUUAUGACUAUUAUUUUGUAUUUUAUGAGAAUCUUUUUAGUCACACUAUCUUCAAGCAACUUAAAGAAAUGAAAAUAGUUGGGUAACCAAAGUGCGUAAAAUCAAACAAAAAAAUUAAGGAGAUUUGCCAACCUAAAUAUUUGAAAAUCAAUAAAAAUUUGAAAAUCAAUAAGUUGCAUCUAGACGGUCAUGCUGUAUUGGUAUCAUGUCUUCAGAAAUUGAAAAUGAAAUCCACAGUGAAUUACGGUAUCUUUGCAAGUGUUUAUUAAAUAAAUUUUCAUCAAUCAAAGAGGACAAGAAAGUGUCAGUAAUUGAAGACCUUCGUGUAAUUGUAUGGCGACUUAUGAUUGAUAAAAGUACAUGCAGUUUUUCACCACCAGCAGAGUUAAAAAAAAAACUUUAUGAAGAUUUGAUUGAAUUGAGCUUGACAAAAGAUAAAAAAUAUGCAUUAGCUUUUAAUUUGUCUAUAAAGUUGAUGGUUAUAUUUUUACUCCGUAUAUUGCAUUAUUUUGAGCCUUGUUUUUCAAUCAGUUAUCAAUUUAAAAUGUCAAAUUCAAUAAAAACUGAUGCUUAUUAUCUAGAUGGGCUUUUGCUUCAAAGGAGUCUAGAUUUGACUCUCAAAGAUAAUAUAAUAACAUCAUUAAAGUAUAAUGAAUUGCAAGGUAUUGGUUUUAAAAAAUGUCUUUUGUUUCUUCCCUCUACAUAUAGUUUUUUAUGGUCAUUUACUGAUGCAAUCGAAAUUUCACAGUAUUUAUGUCAACUACUUAUUAUGAAAAAUAAUACAGCUACAAAAAGUAGGUUAACUUCAAUUGGCAGUACUCAAAAGUCUUCUUUGGUACAGACCAAUGAGUUAGAUGGUUCUAUAUCUCGUGACAUAUUCACAGUUUUAAAUUUGUCAAAGGUAUACAAUGAACAGCAAAUGCUUAAUGUCUAUAGCUUUUCAAUUCUUAAAUCAUGGCUACAGUUUGUGGAUAAUCAAGUUGAUAUUGCUGAUUGUUUGUCGAGCGGCUUUAACAAGUUUUCUGGUAGUACAUUAUCAAGAAGCAGUAGUAGAAUUUUCGAUAAUUUUUUUGAUUCAGAUUCUGUUAAUACAUCUCUUUCGUCCUCAUCGUCGUGUUCUUCAAUAAAAAGUUUCGACGGUGAAUCUAACGCUGAUCAAUUAGAUCUUGGUAAAAAUAGAACCCCUGAUAAAUCUAGGACACCAUUACAUUUUGAUGGACCAGCUUUUGAUUCCAUUUCUAUUAAAUCAGAUAUUCUUGUGAACUCUUCCAGUUCUUUGAAAAGUGUAGCAGUAAGAUAUUGUUUAAGACUUAUUUUUCAAUCUGAAAAAGUUCCUAAGCAAGAUUCUGACAGAAGUGUAAUCACAGCAAGUGUUGUGGAAGCUAUAAGCAUCCUAAUAAUACUUUGUAAAAACGACCCUAUUCUUGCUCAAAGAGUUUAUCCAGAUAUUAAAAGACUAUACAAAAGAAUUGAAAAUCCUCGUUUGACUGCUCGCAAAGUUUUUUUAUCAUUGCUUCAGUUUUUUGUUACUUAUCACGCAGACACUUUAAUGCCUAUUGAUGAAAUAUUGGAUUUAUACUUUAAAGAAAUACCCUGCAAAUAUUUAAAUAAUGAAAUUGCGUGCUAUGAACUUGUGCAAUUUUGUCUAGACAAUAAAUCAUUUUGCAGUGUUAAUGAAGUUGUUUUAAAAUACACACCAAAUAUAUUUAAAAUAUUUGCUUGGUGGUGUUGCUCAUUUCUUGAAGAUAGUUUUGAGUUUGUUGAAAUGGUAACAAAUUCAUCUAAUUGUAGUGAGUUGCUGAGUAUUAUAUUGGACUUACCUUGUUUAGCGUAUUUGUUGAAUUUAAAAAGUCAGAAAGUGCUAGAUGAUGAAGUGAAAAUGAAAGAACAGUUGGGCCAAAAUUAUACUUCAAAAUUGUACAAAGAUAAGUUUACUUUUAUAAUGCGGGAGACACUUGUUGGUUAUAAAACUGUUGAUAAAAUAGCUGAACUUCAUAAGCUUAUGAAGCCAUUUGAAUCAUAUCCACGUGUUCAAUAUUCUUCUGAAGUAGUUCCUCAUUUACUAAAGAGUUAUUUCAAUAAAUUAAAACAUUUGGGCGAUCCUGAAUCACUAACGAGUAUUUAUCCAAUAAUACUUGAGAGGAUUUUUUUGCUCUUUCCGCAAAACAGCUCUCAGAAAAAAAUCAUUAAAAUAUUUUGCGAGGAAGUGUGUAACAUCGUAUCUUUUGUUCCCGAUGUCAUUUCAACAUAUCACAAGGAAACUAUUGCCCUGUUUAAUCAAUUCACCUUUUCAAAGUUUGUUAAUACUCAACCAUUUUUGUCAAGGCUUGCUUGGUGUAUCUCUUUGGGAAUUGAAUCUUGCAAAGACAAGUCACAGGCUUUACAAUAUUAUGAAACAUUUGAAACAAUAAUUUAUGGGAUGAUUAGUUCUUUUUCUGGACAAGAAGAUCCUGAAAUAAUUUGCAGCUUUAUUUCAACUUUGUCUAAAUUGGCUACUUUUUCACAGGAAAUGAUCCCCAGAGCCAUUAUUUGUCUGAACAAGUUAUCAUCGGCAAAAUUUGAAACUGAUGAACCAAGAUUUCAAUAUGUUGUGACUUUCUCUAAAGAACUAUCAAGUAUCCUUAAAAGACCAAAGGUUGCUGAAUCAAUUCUUUGUGGUUUAUCUAAACCUAAACCUUGGCAUUUAGAUCCACAUGAUUCUUUAUUAAUGAAAAUACACUUUCUUACUUCUAAGUUUACUUGAAUUGCGUGAAUUUAUUUGUUUUUCUGACUAUUAUUUAUUAAAUUUAUAGUAUAUAUUGUUUUUGUGAAGAAUUGAUAUAAAUAUUUUUGUAUUGUUUUAAAACCUUCAAGUCUUUUUAUUGCGAAUAUUUGAUUGGUUAAAUA